AUGGUUUCUGGUUCAAUGCAUAUACAAGAUUUCAAUGGGAGGAGGAAAUUUAUGCAAACCUUUUUCCUUGCAUCUCAGGAGAGAGGCUUUUUUGUUCUUAAUGAUAUAUUCCACUUCAUUGAAGAGGAACCAAUUCAUCACCAUCCAGCAGCCUUCUUAGCCCAGGAAAAUCUUAAUCCCAAACUUAAUGCUUCUGCAACAAUCCCAGAACCAGUAUCAAACUAUUUAAUGGGUGACAAAUUUCAGGCAUGGGAGUGUCCUGUUGAUGUAAAAGAAAAUGGUCUAGUUGACAGUUAUGGUUUCCAAGAGCAACGGUUACAGCAACUUGCUGAGUCUGAAAAUAUUCUGGAGGACAAUUCUGCUGAAGAGUUCAAUUGCUCACUUCAAAAUACGGUGAAUGCUGUAAUAGAUCAACUGCCUGCUACUGUUGCUACUGUCAAGGAACCUAUUGGAGAGACCCAAAACCACACUUAUGCUUCUAUUCAAGUAACUGUUUUGUCAAAUGCAUCUGAAAAGUCAGGUGCAGAUACACUGGAGGUCUCAGCUGUUGAAGAUGAAGGUACUAGGCUACUAGCGAAAUUGUUCAGAAUCAGCAAUCUUCUCACAAUUUAA